AUGUUCCUCGUCACUCUCUUUUAUGUCUUUAUUUCAUUCGGCUUCCUUCCCCACUUUUUUGCGUCUGCCGCGCCUCGACCACAAUUCACCAAGCACAACGCACUUGCUAGGGGUUUAGUGUCCGACUCUGCGGACAUCGCCGCUUUUCUCGCUGGACACAACACUGUCCGCGCUGCCCACAAUGCUCCAGCCCUCACUUGGUCCGGCGAGCUUGCGCUGAAAGCGGCGAUAUGGGCAAAUACGUGCCAAUUUAGGCACUCCAAUGGCCUUUUAAGCAACAAACCGUAUGGCGAAAAUAUAGUGGCGGCGACAGGAGAUUUCUCCAUCCCCGCCGCCAUGGGCACCUUUGUGCAGGAUGCUGCGGAUUAUAACCCAGCAAACCCAACAUACACCCAUUUUACUCAAGUCGUCUGGAAAUCCACCACACAACUUGGGUGCGCCGUCUCCAAAUGCGAUGGUAUAUUCGAUAGGUCGCUUGGAAAAGCAACCCUCUACGUUUGCUUGUACAACCCUGCCGGAAACGUCGUCGGAAACGCGCCCCAAUGUACAAGUUUGAUUUUUUUUUCUAAAACCAGCGGCUACCUUCUGGCGCCGCCGAAUUGUUACGCUGUCCUGCUCAAGUCAGAGAUCAGCUCUUCACUUUAUAGUCAGCGACUACUCUCAUUGUCUGGCACUUUGAGCUCUGCAUACCCUGGGGCCAAUAAACGAUCAAAUAUAUAG